AUGGGCUAUGCCUGCUCUGAUUUGGCUCUGGCUGGAGCGGACACAGCGUGUUUAGGCGUAUUGUUGCUUGUCCGUGGAAUUUCUCGUCUUGGCAGCCCCUCCAGUUUACUCGGAACCGGCAGAUCUGGGUCAAGCAUUCUGGCCUUGGACUUUGGACAUUUGGAGUUCUCCAUGUUGUUGCAUGGUUUUUCUCGCGUCGGCGCACUGCUGCCGGCCUUGGGUUUUACAAACUCUGAGCUUUCAGCGCUGUUACAUUCGGUCCAAUGUUGUGGUUUCUCAAUGCUGAUGCUCAAUUUUGCUGUAUUGGGGCCAUCUCUUGCAUUGCGAAGUUUUGCUCACUCUGGCUCAAGUUCGUCGGCAUCUGGCCAGGUCCACUUCACGUAUACCAACACUUACGUCACCGCAGAAACCUCCACCACAAAUCAGUUGCAGUUCUAUGUCAACAAUCAGCGUUCCCUCACCUUGAUUCAGAAGCCCACCGGUGCGAGUACCGGAAAUGUUGGUGGUGCUCUUCAUGGUCUUUGGUAUGCUGACCACAUGCUUCACAUUUCUGACCGGCGUCUCAAGAAGAGCAUCAGCUCUCUUGCAGACGACUUGGACAAGAGAGGCCAGGCCGCAGGGAUUCGACAAGGUUCUGGCAGAGGAGCAGCUUGGCUUCUCCGGCAGCUGCGGCCUGUGUCAUACUAUUUCAAGCGGGAUGUGGAAGCCAAACAUCAGCGCUUCGGCUUUAUUGCAGACGAGAUUGCUGUGACCUUGCCAGAGGUUGUUCAGGAAUCCAGUGAUGAGAAGAAGAUCAAGGGAAUUGCAUACCAGGAUCUGAUUGCCGUCAUGGUGGUGAGUGUUCAGUCUUUGAACAGUCGCUUCGAUGAGGUGGAAGGGCUUGCUGCAGCAUUGAUGUCACGGCUGGUGGCCUUGGAAGAAAAUGUCAAAAUGAAGAAGCUCCAGGAUUGGCAAACUGUGAUGAAUCGACUUGAGAAUCUAGAGGCUCGCCUCACCAAGCUUGAGAUGAAAGGUUUGCUGUAG